AAACAAUAAGAAAACAAAAGGAAGGGCAUGAGAGUUUAGACUAUGAUCUGAAAUGAAGGGACGAGGUCAAAAUUUCACGUCAUUCACAAAUUUAUUUGCAUUGCUCAGCGUAACUUCCAAUAAUGCCUGUAUACAGUCAUACUUUUCUUUUGCUCAUUAAGUCACACAAGUUCUCUACCUCAACACAUGGUGGAAAACUGACCAAGAGAGCGUGCAUUGGCCUUCUCAAAGCUUGCAAAUCAAUGUUCCACCUCAAGCAAAUCCAGGCUCAGAUGUUUCUUGCGGGUCUACAUGAAGACUUGGACACCCUCGGCAAACUUAUGGUCAUCUGUACUGACUCAUCUGUUGGGGACUUACACUAUGCAUGUAGAACCUUUAACUACCUUCACAAGCCAUCCUUGUUUAUAUACAAUCUUAUGACCAAAGCCUUUGUGGAAAAGAGUAGUUUCAGAGAAGCCAUUUCCUUAUUUAGUCAACUGAGAAAAGAUGGUUUAUGGCCAGAUAAUUAUACAUAUCCAUUUGUCCUCAAGGCUAUUGGUUGUAUUGGACAGUUUAAUGAAGCUGUGAAGGUUCAUGGCUUCAUAGAGAAGACCGGGCUUGAGCUUGAUACUUAUGUUUGUAACUCACUAAUGAGAAUGUAUGCAGAAUUGGGUAAAGUAGACAGUUUUGAAAAGUUAUUUGAAAAUAUGUCAGAGAAAGAUAAGGUUUCUUGGAAUAUCAUGAUUACAAGUUGUGUAAAGUGUAGGAGAUUCAAAGAUGCCAUUACUAUUUUUCAGCGGAUGCUAGAAGAAAAAAGCAAUGAGAAGCCUGAUGAAGCCACGGUGGUAAGCACUCUAUCAGCCUGUACAGCAUUAAAAGAUUUGGACCUUGGUAAGGAAAUUCACAGUUAUGUCUUGAGUGAAUUCCUUUUAACAACUAUAGUUGGCAAUGCAUUAGUGGACAUGUACUGCAAGUGUGGUUGCGUAAGUAUAGCUCAGGAAAUUUUUGAUGAGGUGCCUAUGAAAAAUGUGAUUUGUUGGACAAGUAUGAUAAAUGGGUAUGUGACUUGUGGUCAGCUGGAUGAAGCUCGAAAUUUGUUUGAGAAAAGUCCAACGAGGGAUAUUGUUCUUUGGACAACUAUGAUUAAUGGGUAUGUGCAAUUCAAUCGCUUUGAUGAGGCAGUUGCAUUAUUUCAAGAGAUGCAAAUGAGAAGAAUCAAACCAGAUAAAUUUGUUGUUGUUACUCUCCUUACAGGUUGUGCUCAGUUGGGAGCCCUGGAGCAAGGGAAAUGGAUUCAUGGUUACAUAGACGGGAACAAAGUGACAUUGGAUGCCGUGGUUGGUACUGCUCUCAUUGAAAUGUAUGCAAAAUGUGGUUGCAUAGAGAAAUCUUUGGAGAUUUUCUAUAGGUUAAGGGAAAGAGAUACAGCCACAUGGACUUCUAUUAUCUGUGGUCUUGCAUUGAAUGGUAAGACAAGCAAAGCCCUUGAGCUCUUUCAAGAAAUGAAAAAAUUUCGGGCUAGGCCUGAUCACAUCACCUUUAUUGGUGUUCUAAGUGCUUGCAGUCAUGGGGGAUUGGUAGAAGAAGGGCGUAAGAUCUUUUAUUCCAUGAAGAGAACAUAUCAAAUUGAGCCCAAGGUGCAACACUAUGGGUGUUUCAUUGAUCUUCUUGGUCGAGCUGGAUUGCUACAUGAAGCAGAAGAGCUAAUUAAGAAGUUGCCAGAUCAAAAAAAUGAGAUGAUAAUUCCACUUUAUGGAUCUCUGCUGAGUGCCUGCAGAUUUUAUGGCAAUAUUGAAAUGGGCGAAAGGAUUGCUCAACGACUGGGAAAUAUUGAAUAUAGUGAUUCCAGUUUGCAUACGCUUUUGGCUAACAUUUAUGCUUCUGCUGACAGAUGGGAAGAUGUGAGCAAGGUCAGAAACAAGAUGAAAGACUUGGGAAUCAGGAAAUUUCCUGGAUGUAGUGCUAUUGAGGUGAAUGGCAUUCUCCAUGAGUUUCUUGUUGGCGACCCAUCUCACCUUGAAAUAGGUCACCCUGAAAUAAGAGACACAUAUUCCAUGCUGGAUGCAAUAACUAAACCCUUGUUUGGUUCAGAAGUAAAUGAGAUGGAAACAGAAAUUUUAUGUCUAAUGAAUUCUUAACUGCGAAAUUGUGGUUGAGGAAUAUCAGUUUCCUGUCGAACUAAGGAUCAGGUCUAAGAGAUUGAAAAUGUUUCUUGCCAUUUUUUAUGGUACAGCCAACCUGCCACAAGCAUGGAACCAAUUUAAAAAUCCUCUCUGGGAGGAUGCAUGAAGUGUUGAAGAAUGAAGUCUUGGAUAAAAGU